AGAGAAAUUCAGAAAGUGUUUGGGCACUGUGCUCUCUAGAUAUCCGCUGUGUAAAAAGCUCAGCAAACAUGCAAUGAUGAGCAGCAGAGGAUCAGAAAACGAGACUUCUAACACACCUGUGUGAUUGGAAGUAUCGUCUUUCAGCAGUACAUUGCUGAAAACCUAUUUGAUGCAUUUUCAUUGACAAAAAACACUUCAGUUGGAAAGCAGCAAGUAGAGCAGAAGACCAAUUUCUGUGUCGUAUGGAAUAAUGAAGUAUUCUUCUGAACACAGACUUGCAUAUAAAUUAAGUGUAACUGUAUAAUAUUUAACUUWAAAUGUAUUUUGAUGACUAUUUGCUAAAGGGUGAUGGGCUGUUGGGAUGGGAUGUUUUGAUUACCCAUGUACUUAUUUCAUGUACAGUACAGGCCUGCACAKAUUUUUGCUAUAGCAUAAUAUCAAUAUGUUUUGCAUAGAGAUUAUCAAAAUUGUAUUCUUAUUGUAUAUACACAUUUUUGUUAUAACAUUGAAACACAACCAGGGGCAGGGUUGUGGCCAGAGGACUGCUGCUGGAUGGCCGGUGGCUAUCUGGCUACUCAUUGGCUACAUUUGCUGGCCAAAUAUUAUUUUGGUAGAAUUUUGACCCUCCUUUGAUUGAGGACCUGUUUUGGUAUUAACUUGAACUUGGACAUCAAAUCAGGAAUUUGACCUUUUGAAUUAUUUUGAACUUUGUUGGCUGAGUAGGUAUUUGUGUUCCUUUCUGGGGGGGUUUCUCAAUAAAUAAGCCUGUGAAUUUUGUUGUGCUGAAACAUAUUUAUUCUGCAUUGUGUUGUCAUUUUAUGCUGCUGCUGUACCCCCCUAUAAUCCAAUCUGCACCACAAUAUAUUUUAUUCAGUUGAAGAUGCUAAAUUCAAAGAUGAGACAGACAACAAUCCUGCUAUAUCUGUCAAUAGGCUCAAAUCGUCUUUACAGUAGGUUUACUUAGAAUUGUUUGGAUCCAGAAAACACACAUAUCAAUCUAGUCAUCAUAAAAUCGAUUUUAAUUGUUCAAAGACAGGAAGUAUAUCAGCAGUCACCAUAUUUUGACAAUUGAAUGCUAGCAAUGAUGCUAGAACUAAUGCAUCUCUCAGUCAUGACUCAAAAUUAUUUCAGUCUUCAGCUAACCACUUCUCAGUAAAGUUAGUUGCCUGAGCAACACUAUGAGUAUGCGUCUUCUACAGGAUAUCCUGCUUGGUCUGCAUGUCUGCUGCACAGAUCAAGCUUUUGGGAGUAGUGGCACUCCUCUGUUCAAAAAAGAUAAMACAUUAAUGAUCUUGAAAAAGGGUCCACAGUGUUCAAUAAACUAAACAUGCAGCAUGGAUUCCUCCAGCUUCCUGUAGUGGUCCAAGCAUUCAUGAUGCACAGGGAAUGUGCAGGUACAAAUGCAUGCCUUUUGGACUUAAAUCUGCACUCAGCUAUGCAGUAUAGUUUGGCCACAUCUACCCGCCCACACCACCCCCCACCCCUGCCAAACACAUCUGUUGGAGAAAAAAACCCUGCAGAUAUAGGUUCCCUUGAUCACCCACCUUGUUAAGAGUCACUGCGGCCCCCAGAACUAGUGUCACACUCAGAGAGACAACUCAACCCAGUUUGACAGGAUGAAUAUCACUGGAUAUCCUGUUCACACCACGGCAAGGGGGAACACCACGACCAUUCCCUUCAGCUCUGUGAGUGUUGAGAAUUGGAAUUCAUCCAGUUAUGCAUAUGGCACACAUUUUGCAGACGCAUCUGAAGAAACCACAUACGACUAUGGUGUCUAUGACGAUGGUGUUUGCAAGUACAAGCCACACGGAGCCAGCUUCCUGCCAGUGCUGUACUCCCUCUUCUUCAUCCUGGGGUUUCUGGGGAACGUUCUGGUCUUGUGGGUCAUCCUGAUGGGGGUGAAACUAUGCAGCAUGACCGAUGUGUGUCUCCUGAACCUGGCCUUGGCUGACCUGCUCCUGGUCUGCACCUUGCCUUUCCUGGCCCACCACGCUACAGAUCAGUGGGUGUUUGGUGACGUCAUGUGCAAAGUGGUACUCGGCGCCUACCACAUUAGCUUCUACAGUGGCAUCUUCUUCGUCACCCUGAUGAGUGUGGACAGGUACCUGGCCAUAGUCCAUGCUGUGUACGCCAUGAGAGCCAGAACACGGAAGUACGGGGCCAUCGCUGCUGUCGUGACCUGGCUGGCUGGAUUCCUGGCCUCGUUUCCUGAGGCACUGUUUCUUAAAGUGGAGAAACACAACGAGAAAGAAAAUUGUCGCCCUGUCUAUGAUGGACACACUUGGGGAAUUUUUGGCCUUUUCAAAAUGAACACACUUGGUCUGUUAAUCCCCCUCGUCAUCAUGGGGUUUUGCUACACACAGAUAGUGAGAAGGCUGCUCAGUUGUCCAUCCUCCAAAAAGCAGGCCAUCAGACUCAUUCUCAUUGUGGUUGUGGUGUUUGUCUGCUGCUGGACUCCGUACAACAUGACGUCAUUUUUCAAGGCCUUGGAGUUAAGUGAGGUCUACUUAAGCUGUGAGAGUAGCAAAGCCAUCAGACUCACUCUACAGAUCACAGAGGCCAUGGCCUACUCCCAUAGCUGCCUGAAUCCCAUCCUCUAUGUGUUUGUGGGGCAGAAGUUUAGAAGGCCUCUCAUAAGACUGAUUAACAAGGCUCCCUGCAGGAUGUGUCAGUUCAUGAAGAACUACCUGCCCUGGGACUUCAGAGCCUCGAGGACAGGAUCUGUCUACUCACAGACCACUAGCGUGGACGAGAGGUCUAUUGACGUGUGAACAGAAACUUAACUGCAAAGACAAAUACAUCUAACAUCACAUGUACUGUUCAUUCCAAUACAUAUGUAAAUACCAAAUCCAGUUUCAAAUGCAAUCAUCCGAAAAUAAUAGGCUCUGAUUCAGGUGCAUGGCAAAGUCAGGAAAUUGUCACUCAUCUCAGAGUUUCACACCAGGGGGUUGAUUUUUACAGAAAUCAACCCAAUCAAUAUAAAUUCCACAAACCAUUUAAUUUCCCUUUGUACAGUAUUUUCUCUAGUACAGUAUAUCUAUUUGAAUAUCUUUGGCACAUUUUGCAAAGUCAUCAUUUUCUUUUAAAAUGUAUUGUAAAUCUGCUAGCACACGUUUCCUAUGUAAAUAKAGUGAUACUUUUUGAUUCUAUGUAAAUAAAUGUAUUACAGUAACUUCAUCCCCUGUUGCAUGUAGCAAAUUAUUCAAAUUAAAGUACUGUCAAGAUAAUGUAA